GUCUUACGACGGUGAAACGAUAGAAUGCUGAUGGAUCGGAACGGAACGUCAACUGAGUUGUCAGCUUAUUUUGCUUUGAUCUUUUCGUAGCGAAAAUUUCGUCUGACACGCACGAAGUUACGUUUCUGUCCGAAAUCCGUGAAUUUCGACAGAAUGUCGCGAAACCGAGCAGCUGAGGAGACUGACAAGCAGACACGAAUUGCCAUCGUCAGCUCCGAUAAGUGCAAGCCGAAACGAUGUCGACAGGAAUGCAAAAAGUCUUGCCCGGUGGUCCGGAUGGGCAAGUUAUGUAUCGAGGUGGCAAUGGAUUCGAAAAUUGCAUCCCUCUCGGAGGAACUCUGCAUCGGUUGCGGUAUUUGUGUGAAGAAAUGCCCUUUCGAGGCCAUCACCAUCAUCAAUAUCCCAAGUAACUUGGACAAACAUACGACCCAUCGUUACUCGAAAAACUCAUUCAAACUGCAUCGUUUGCCGAUUCCUCGACCCGGAGAAGUAUUGGGGCUGGUUGGACAAAACGGUAUUGGCAAGUCCACCGCUCUGAAAAUUUUAGCAGGCAAGUUAAAACCUAAUCUGGGUCGUUAUUCGGAUCCUCCAGAUUGGAGCGAGAUUCUUGCUCACUUCCGAGGUAACGAGCUGCAGAACUAUUUCACCAAGAUCCUCGAAGAUAGCCUUCGGGCUUUGAUCAAGCCCCAGUAUGUGGACCAGAUCCCAAAGGCUGUUAAGGGUACGGUUGCAGCUUUGUUGGACAAAAAGGAUGAGCGAAAUAAUCAGAAGGAAAUUUGCGAUAUGUUGGACUUGACCAACAUUCGAGAUCGUGAAAUUCAAGCAUUGUCUGGAGGAGAACUUCAGCGUUUUGCGUGCGCUAUGGUAUGCAUCCAGGAUGGAGACAUUUUCAUGUUCGAUGAGCCGUCCUCUUAUUUGGACGUGAAGCAACGUUUGAAUUGUGCGUUGACCAUCCGUUCGCUUAUUCAUCCGGAUAAGUUCAUCAUUGUCGUCGAGCACGAUCUGUCAGUCUUGGAUUAUCUUUCCGAUUUCAUCUGCUGUCUGUAUGGAGUUCCUGGAUGUUAUGGUGUAGUUACUAUGCCUUUCUCCGUUCGUGAAGGUAUAAACAUUUUUUUGGACGGUUACGUUCACACAGAGAACAUGCGUUUCCGUACUGAAUCGCUUACGUUCAAAGUUUCGGAAUCGGCUUCGGAGGAGGAAAUCAAACGAACUUGCCACUAUGUUUAUCCAUCCAUGAAAAAGAAGCUCGGUAGCUUUAUGCUGACAGUCAACGAUGGUCAAUUCAGUGAUUCCGAAAUCAUUGUGCUUCUGGGUGAAAACGGUACCGGUAAGACUACUUUUAUUCGAAUGCUGGCUGGUAAUUUAGAGCCGGACGAGGAAUCCGAGAAGUUACCCUGCCUGAACAUUUCGUACAAGCCGCAGAAGAUCUCACCGAAAAGUCAAGGAACGGUUCGCUGGUUGCUUCAUGAGAAAAUUCGUGAUGCAUACGUGCAUCCACAAUUUAUAGCCGACGUUAUGAAGCCUAUGAAAAUCGAAGAAAUUAUGGAUCAGGAGGUGCAGAAUCUAUCUGGAGGUGAAUUGCAACGUGUAGCUCUCGUUCUGUGUUUAGGCAAACCUGCUGACGUUUAUUUGAUUGAUGAACCUUCUGCUUAUCUGGACUCCGAGCAACGUCUUAUUGCGGCUAAGGUGAUCAAGAGAUACAUCCUCCAUGCCAAAAAGACUGGCUUCGUAGUGGAGCACGACUUCAUCAUGGCAACUUAUCUGGCCGAUCGGGUAAUCGUUUUUGAAGGAAAACCAUCCGUCGAUACCACCGCGCACACUCCUCAAUCGCUGCUUAACGGAAUGAACCGCUUCUUGGAAUUGCUGGAGAUCACAUUCCGACGGGAUCCGAACAACUUCCGGCCCAGAAUCAACAAGACCAACUCGGUGAAGGAUACGGAGCAGAAACGCGCCGGCCAAUACUUCUUCUACGAAGAGUCAUAAGUCUGCGACUAGCGCCAUCUGCCGGUAUAAGUACGAAUCAGAUCCUGUUUAUUUUUGUCCACGAUUGGAAAAUUGUAUUAUCUUAUCGGAACACAACAAUCAACAAUAGUGAUACUUUUUUGGAAGGAACUAAUUUUACAAAUUUAUUAUUAAUUGAAAAAUUGGAUCGGAUUGCAUGGCGCCUACAGUUGUGACAAUUGCAACAUUGUCCAAUUUUUAGACACAUUUAAUUGCAAAACUUUUUUGUUUCAAAUUUCUUUCAGUAAUUAGAAGUACUUGACAGACAUGAACGCUCUAUCUAGAGUCAUUUCAUCUCCAACCAGCGUUAGUUUCAUAAAAUACAUUCAAUACUACGAAACAACUGUUUCAAACUAACGUUCUUGAAAACAGGAACCAGUGCUGUCUAAAUAUUAUGAUAGAAAGUGAAAUUAAUUGGAAAUAUUGUUCAUGCUACUUAUUAUUUGUACAAUAAAACUGGUGAAAAGA